UUUUUUUUGUCUCGCAUAGUGAGGCUUACUUUGGGUGCCACAUGGGCUUUGACCUUCCCUGACAGCAAGAGAUUAAUUACAAAUUUAAAAAAUAAAUAAGCAUUAAAAUGGCUACCGUGUACAGGACAGAAUGCAGAAGAAUGGCCCUGAUGACAUGACAGCUGUGCUGAAUACCCCAGGGGUGACGGCACCGGUGACUCAACGCCAAUAUCGCUUUCUGUGCCAAUAGCACCCCCUGCCUGUCAACAGCAGAACCGCAGCCAUAUUCUUUUUGGGUGCUUUGGAAUACAGCCUUUGACAUGAGCAAGGGAACACCAGAUCUCCAAAAAACAGCAGAGGUAUCAGAUGAUGUUCAUCUCUGGAUGCUCGCAUGAGUCAAAGAAAUUUAGGUAAAGGGUUAAAAACCCAGAGAAAACAUGUGGUCACCUGCCGGGACUGGUCACUGCCCUCACGCUGUUGCGGGUCAGCCGUCUCCAGGCAACAGCGCGUCCCGCUUUACAUAAAGGCUGGGUGGUGAUUGUCAGCUGCAGCUGUAUCAUGUUUCAGAAUAUGUAAACAAAGCCAGGAGCACAGAAGCAGCUCUGCUAGUUUUUAGUGGGUGCUUUUUAUUUACACAGUAUCAUCUGUUUGAAAGGGACAGAUUUAGAUAGUCAGCGCUAAUGCUUUAGAGACGGAUGACAGUGUCUGGCUACUCAUAAAAGCUGAUUCCCAUGGGAAGGAAACGGUUAAACACCUGUAUGGGGUGUGUAACUCCCAGCAUUUGACUUUACGCUGCACCUAGGUAAACAUUCCCAGCCUGCACCAGGGCAAGGUGAGCUGUACUAGCCUUCGGAACACGCGUGUGUGUACGGUGACACACGGCCAGCCCCUGCCCCCGCCUCAGACCCCCAGGGCAGCGGGGCCUCCCUGACACCCCACCGCCACGCCAUCGGAGGCAGCACAGGACCCACGCGGGGUUUCCCCGCCUGGCGCUGACGCAGGGGAAGGCCCGGCCAGGAAACGGUGGCAGGUCCCUUGGGUGCGGACGCCGGAUGGCCCCAGAAUGGCCUCGUCGUCACUGGUCAUCCCCGUUGGAAACGGAAGACUCCUGUCCAGGCCUGAGUUAUCGUCUUUACUCAGGACGUACAACUGUUUCCUAAAAGAUAACACCAACCAGCACCUGAUUCUUCAUGAGACAGGAAGUCAUGUCACACUGGAAGGGCUGCUGGUCAUCUUCUGGGGGGUGCGCAUGCCCAUUCACCUCAAAAUGCAAGACGAGACACAGCCGGCAUCUCCAGAGUCCCCGGACCCCACCGAACUUUUAGGGGCCAAGAGGGGGAUGACCAGAUGGGGCGAGUUCGAUGACCUUCUCCACCUCGACCAGAUGGAAGCGGUUCCCCGUGACCACAAUGCCGCGCCCUUGGAGAGUGGGACGUUGAGGGUGCCGAGGCGCAAGGCAGAGCUGGACGAGGCCUCCAACCUUUUCCGCACCAUGAGUGACGCCUCGCUGGUGAAGGGGGCACGGGGCAGGACGUCGGACAGGCACCAGGCCCAGCAACACCGCUUCUCCAUCAACGGCCACUUCUACAACUAUAAGACCUCGAUAUUCACACCGUCGUUCGGGACCCCGACCAACGUCCGCAUCAGCAGCACGAUGACGACUCGUGAGGUUAUAGUGCAGCUUCUGAAGAAGUUCAAGGUGGAGAAUGAUCCCAUGGAGUUCGCCUUGUACUGCAUUCACCAGAGUGGAGAGAAAAGAAAACUGAGCGACAGUGACUUCCCACUGUGGGAGCGCCUCCUGCAGGGGCCCUCGCAGAGCGUGGUGAAGAUGUUCCUGAUGGAAGGCGACGAGCGUGAGGUCAGCGGAGACGUGGCCCAGUACCUGAACCUGGACCUGUUCUUCCUGGAGGGCGUUCUGCACAGAUUAAAGGAGCAAGAGGAUAGAGAGAUCAGGGGAGUUGUGGAGAAGUACAGGCAGUGGGAGGUCCUGCUUAAACAGUGCCUGAGAUCCAAGGUCACAGUCAAGGUGGAGACGACCGUGUAGUACGGGACCGCAGGGCGACCGCAUGGCGACCGCAUGGCGACCGCAUGGCGACCGCAGGGUUCUUUCAAAGUACAGACAACGGCAGCCCACUGAGAGAAGCAUCCGGGGUUUGCUGCCAGCUUUCCGAAGACGCCGAUGAGUAAUAGAGAUCUAUUUUCUUAGGUAUCCAGAUAAUCGCCAGCUGUACUCGCUGUGAAUGAAUAAACGUGCUUGUUAGGAGAUUA